AUGUCAGAAUCGCUACCACUCGACAUUCUCUUUAUCAUAUUCACUUUUUUACCCCUCAAAUCUCUGAUGCGCUUCAAGUGUUUGUCCAAAUCUUUUCGUUCAUUAAUCGACAGUCCUCAAUUCGCCAAUUCCCGUCAAUAUGAUCUCAAUAUCCAUCGCAAACUCAUUGUCGCCGAUCACCACCUCGACGGUUUCAUCUACAUUAUAGACUUGGAUACUUCGCCACUUACCACUCCGCUGAACAUCAGAUGCCGCCAAAAGCCAACAGUCAAGACUCCUGACGAUUUCAUCCCUAUAAAUCAUGGCGGCUUGUUUGGAUCUUGUAACGGCGUGGUUGCUAUGUAUAACGAGCAAGGAAUCUCUCUGUGGAAUACGUCGAAUAACAGGUUUAAAUCUUUUCCUCUUUGGAUCGUUGAUAUCGUGUUUGAUGGAUUCGGGUAUGAUUCAGUUUCUGAUGACUAUAAAGUGGUUAUGCUCACUAAAUUAUUUUCUGAAGAUUUUUUAAGAGUUAUGGUUUAUAGUGUAAAAACUAAUUCAUUAAGAAGGAUUCAGGAUCUUCACAUUCCUGAACCAAAUAUAUAUCGCUAUAAUUACGAGUACUCGGGUGUUCUUGUGGGUUCCUUCUUGCAUUGGAUAGCUCAUCCUCGAGAUGAGUCGACUGCUUAUCAUAACUUCAUUCUUGCAUUUGAUCUUAGAGAUGAAACGUUUCGUCAGGUGCCGCAGCCGCGGGAUAUGAUAGAUGUAGAAGAUAAAGUGUUGAAUAUGGUAUCAGAACUCGGAGGGUGCCUUAGUUUGAGCUAUCGUUUUCAGGGUUAUGUUGAAAUUUGGAUUAUGAAGGAAUAUGGAAUUGAGGAUUCUUGGACUAAAUUGCUCUCUUUACAUCGUCGUCAAAAUUUUAAUUUUAAUUUUUAUGCUAGAUUGAAACCUUUAUGCUACUCAAGUGAAGGUGAUAAAGUUUUGAUGGACUAUAAUGAAGGGAAAGAGAUCAUUUUGUACGAUCUAAAGAAUCAAACUUUUGACAUAAUCGAUAUUUUUGAAUCCUAUGAAAAGACUUAUGGUGUGCAUAAGUCUGGAUUUGUAUGCGCAACAACCUUAGCGUUUCCCACUGUUAAUAGCGGAUCGAGUAGUACUUGCAAGAAAAUGCCAAGGAAGAAGAAGAAGAAUAGCAGGAAAUCUUGA